AUGUUACCAACCAAAAUCCACAAGCAAAACUUAAAAGAAGUACAAGAUCGAAGCAAACAGUCUCAUUCAAAACAAAAGAUAAUUAAAAAACAAAAAAAAAAGGAUUUAAAUAUACAAAAAUCUCCUUCAAAAUCACCUAAUUUACUUUUGUCAUCGAAUGAAAACUCCUCGGAAAACUCUGACAUUGAAAAUGAUUUACUAAAACUGUGUGAUGACAUAUUAUUGGACUAUGGUUUAAAUAAUGUCUCUGAAGUUCAAUAUAGAAAACCAUUAUUUACAGAUUUAAAAACUGGUGACUUUCUAUUGGUACAAUUUAAUGGUCGUAAUAGAAAAAAAACCAAAUGUUCAUACAUAUGUUGUGUGAAUCGUAUGGAUGAACAUCAAGAUGGGUGUAUACUUGUACAGGGCUUACAAAAAGAAAAUUAUCAAAAAACCAAUUUUCUAUAA